UUCUCCCUGCCUGUCUCUCUCUAUUUCUAUUUCUAUUUCUAUUUCUCUCUCUCUCUCUCUCUCUCUCUCUCUCUCUCUAUUUAUUAAUCUCUCACUCACACACUGUCUGUCUGCGUGUGUGUUUUCCUUUUUUACCUGUACACUAUUUCCGUUUGCAUUUGAAUCGCUGUAAGGUUCAAAGUUCAAGUAUCAAGAAAAAAAAUUGGAACCUCGGUUUAUCCUUUCCUCUCCCUUCUCUUCUUUUCUUUUCUUUUCUCUUCUCUUCCCUCCUAUUCUUGAUUUGAUUAUUACAUUUUAUAUUCAAAAUCAAAUCAAAGUCGAUCAAUAUGGUUAUGAUCGGUGCUCUGUCUAAGGACGGAGAUUCACGAAAAAUCAGUCAAAAGAUUGAAAAACAAAUCGAGGCCCAGCAGAAAAAGAAUUCCAAAACAUACAAAAUUUUGUUAUUAGGUGCUUCUGAUAGUGGAAAAAGUACUAUUAGUAAACAAAUUAAAAUUUUAAACACAAAUGGCUUUAGCCAGGAAGAAAUCAUGUCGUUUAUUCCUGUUAUCCGUCGGAAUUUAUUGGAUUCGGCAAAAAUGCUCAUCAAGUUUGUUGGGAACGAAGACGUUCCCUUAGACCCGUUAAACAUUCACAAUUGUGAAAUCAUUGAACGUUUUAUUCCCAAUCCGGGUGAACUUGUCUCGACAAUGUUUGGGAAAGCCAUUUUCGACCUCUGGACCGUCAGCAAUAUUCGAAGAUGCAUGUAUCGAAACGAUUCCCUUCUUAUUGAUUCUGCUCCUUACUUCUUUCAGCGGGCAACUGCCAUUUGUAGUCCAGACUAUGUUCCGUCCAUUGAUGACAUCUUGCACUCCAGAAAUUCCACCAUGGGAAUAUCUGAAAUUUCCUUUUCCUUAGACCAUUUACAAAUCCGUAUGUUUGAUGUUGGUGGACAACGGACUGAACGUAGGAAAUGGAUUUACUGUUUCGAAAAUGUCAAUUCUAUUAUUUUUUGUGUUUCCCUCAAUGAUUUCGACAAAAAGCUUUUUGAACGAAACGUCGCCAAUCGGAAUCGAUUACUUGAAAGUGUUGCUCUUUUUGAUUCCAUUAUCAAUAGUCAAUGGUUUGUUGAGUCUUCCAUUAUUCUAUUUUUAAACAAGUUUGAUUUGUUUCGAAAAAAGUUGGAACAUGUACCAUUCACCGAUCAUUUCCCUCAAUUCUCUGGAAAGAACAAUGUGAAAAACAUCACAAAGUUUAUUCUUUGGAUGUUUGUAAAUCCUAGUGUCAAUCGACAAAGGCAUAAUAUUUACCCUCAUAUAACUACUGCUGUCGACACAUCGAAUAUAAAGGUUGUAUUUGCCGCUGUAAAAGAAACAAUUUUACAGCAUAGCUUAAAAGAAGUCGGAAUGUUUUAAUUGUUUUUCCUUUUCCUUUUUUCUAUCCUUCUUCCUUAUUUUCGUGCACACUCGUUCCUCGAAUUCAUUAUCACACAACCACAUUAUGUGUAAUUUUUUUCUUAUUUUUGUCUAAAAAAAGAGACCUAUUUUUGUUUUUACUUACUUCUUUAUUUAAAUCGGUCCAUUGAAUUCUUUGCAAGCGUUUGGUCGUACGGAUUGAUUCCGUGCAUGGACAUAAUCUUGGUCUAUUGUAUUUGUUGGAUGUAAAUAGCUUGCAAAACGCCUUGAGACUGAAGAUCUCGUGAAUCGAAUUUAUCGAAUUGAACUCUAUAUUAUUCAAACAAAAUUGCAUUCGCUUAAACUUAUGUUUUCUUUCUCCCAGUCUUUAUCCACAUAGAUUUUGGUUUCUUCCUCUUAUUUGCUUUUUUAAUGAAAAUGUACAUGCGUAUAUGUAUGUCUAUCACUUGCUUUUUUUUUCAUUUUUCCUUAGCUUUCUCCUCAACAGUUUUAUGGUCUUAAAUUAUGAAGCAGGAGAAACGAAAUGGAUAAAGACUACUUAUUGGGCCAAAGUGUUUCUGUCGUCUUUUUUUUUUCUUCCUUUAGAAAAGGUUAAUUUUUUUGCUAAUAAUGCCUACUAAUGUCUUAUAAUUCCUCGUAAUAGCAGUUUGGCAUCUCCAUAUUAUCACAAUAUAUGAGAAAUUCCUUCACCAUUCCUUUUUUACGAGUUAUUCGCCUUGUAAAAUGAAUGAUUACGCCCGAGUGUUCUCUCUGUUCCUUAGUCGAAUCUAAUAAAAAAAAUUCAACAACUGAAAUUAUGAAUUCUAACACCUUCUAUAUUUGCUGAAACCAAACAAUUCAAUAUACUAUACUUACAUGCUU